AUGCAAGCGAACAGCCAUAAGGAUCCAGAUGACAAGGCAUCUACGCCUUGUGCUUUCCAAGAGCCAAUGACAGCACAUAGACACAUGCAAGAUGGAUCAACAGCGGUAGCUGAGCAGCUGGAAACAAUUGAUUUGAGUGAAGAUCCCUCUGCCCCAAGACCCAUCUCCAUCAGUGUUCAAUUAACAAGUGAGGAGAAGGAGCCUUGGUAUCUCCAUAAGUCAUACUUUGAAUAUUGA